UAUUUUUUGGUGAAAAACAAACUAAAAAAAAAUGCCAACCAUGAUCAUCAUCAUAAUAUAUUAACCUUCUUAUAUAUUGAGCAAGAGAAAAAAAUUCAACCAAUCAAUCAAUCAAUCAAUUAUCAACCGAAAAAAGCUUAUUGUGGUAAAAGCUGAAAAAAAUUUCUUUUAUUUGUAGUUAGUGGUGGUGUUGACUUUGUUUGUUACUUUUAGUAGACGACAUUUUCCUCUGUUUGCUGAUUCGUCCUUUUUCCAGUAUCUUCCAGAAGUUCUAUUAAGUUCAUUCUUCGAGAAUAAUUCUUAUUCAAACAACAGUGAAAUUACUCGUCAUCAUAAUCAUCAUCAUCAUCAAUUUUGUCUUGUUUUGUAUUAAAGAAUUUUUUGUUUUAUUCAUUGAAAAGCUGUCGAUACGCGCGACACACUCGACGCCCCCAACGUUUAUUUUAAUCAAUCGCCGACGCCAAUCUACAUUGAAAUUUUUUCACAUUCACUCUACACAAGCGUCGUUGAAGUAAUCGUCAUCAUUUUUUCUUUCCAUUCGCUUUUCUUCUCAUCUGAUUUACCAACAACAACAACGCAUUACGUUCUCGUAUAACGCCAACGUCAAUCAUAAUUUCGUUAUUUUUUUAUGAUUAUAAGAGAGGUAGCGGAUUCAUAAACACUACACAAAGAAUAUAAUUCGGCCCCUUUUUAAAUAAUACUUUGAAAAUAUCCAAGAGAGUAGGCAAGCCAAACUUUUACGUCCUUGUUGUUCAUAGUUUUUGUGUAAAGAAAGAAAGAAAAAAAAUGAACAAUUCUAACAACAACAACCGAAUGAAUAUUGAUCGAGAUUCAUUCACAAACAACACAUCAACUGGUAAUGAUAAUCGUUGGGAUUCGCAUACACGUUCACGUGCUAUUGAUGAAUUUGAUCGUCGUUUUAAUGAGCUUAAAUUAAAAUAUCCAGAAUUGGCAUCAAAAUCAUUGCGAUCGAAAAUGUUUGAACCAACAACAACAACUGCUGCUGCUGCUCAGCAACAUGAUCAUUAUCAACAACAUCCACCGUCACAGGAUAAUUUCAAUGUUCCAAAUAAUGAUUCUACACAGCAACCAUAUUAUAAAGAUCCUAUUGCUGAAUUUAUGAAUGAUUCACGUUUUCAUCAUCAUCCACAUCAACAAUCAAUUUUUCAUGAUAUGAAUCCAUCAUCAUUUUUUCGUUCUCGUUUUCCUGAAACAAGAUAUCAUCAUCAUGAUACAUUUUUUAAUGAUACAAAUGAUGCAAUAAAUGAUGAACAACAGCAUCAACAGCCAAAAGUACAUCACAUACCGAUCCAGAUUGAACCACGUACGUCUGGUGGAAUGGCAAAUAAUGCAUUACGAUCACAAUCAAAUCGAGGAUCUCGUGAACAAUCACCAAUGCCACCACCAUCGCCACCACCAUUAUCAUCAUCGAAUGCAGAUUAUCAACAACAAAAAGCUCAACAUUUAAACCAGCAACCUCCGCAAUGCGCUUCUUUAACUCCACCUCCUCCUUUGCAUUUCCAACAACAACAGCAUCAACCACAACAAUUACCAAUCAAAAAUGAGCAAUCAUUUGCACGAUCAUCGGAUAGUAGUCCACGUAUGGUUCGUUCAAUUCCAAUACAGAUUAGUAAAUCUAAUUCUUCACCAUCUACAACAAAUGAACGACCACAAUCAUCAUCACCGCAACAGCAGCAGCAGCAGCAACAGAAUAUUCCAGUAAAUGAAUCAUCAUCUGAUCCAACAACAUUAGCCGAUCCUAAUAAAGUGUAUGCAAUGAGUUAUGAACCAAUUAUUAGAAAAAACGUUUCAACACCGGAAUCAAUAUUAUUGGAUGAAGAAAUGCCCAAAGUUGUGCCGUUAUCUUAUGAACCAGUAAUACAAUGUAAACAAGCUGUCAAUCAACAGACUGCUGCAGCAGCAGCAGCACCAACACCACCAUCAUUCUCAUCAAAUGAUGGUGACAAUGGACAACAAUUGAAUGAACCAUCAACUAGCCAAAAUCAACAACAGCAGCAGCAGCAACAACAACAAAAUACAGAGAAAAAAGAAGAGACACCAUUCGAUUACAUUGACGAGAUAUUAUAUGAUUUAAGAAAUUGGGAACAACAAGUACAUGAAUGUCAAGCAACAACGGCCGAUGAUAAAGGAUAUAAAUGGUUAGAUGAAAUGCUUACAUUAUGUGUACUUCGUCUUGAUUGUAUCAAUAUUGAUGGUGAUGAAGAAUUACGUAAAUAUCGCAAACAAGCUAUCAAUGAAGUGAAUCGUGUCGUUGCUUUAUUAGAAUCAAAAUUACAACAUGAAAAAGAUUCAAAAUCUAAUAAUGUUGAACAUGAUGAUGAUAAAAAUGAAUCAAUAAUUAAUGAGGAUGAUGAUGAUUCUGUUAAAAAAACCAAAGACGAAAAAAUUGAUAAAAAGAAAGAUGGUAAACGUACAUUUAAGAUAUUUUCACGAAAAUCUAACAAACCAUCCACAUCCACAUCUACAUCGAUAACAGCAUCCGAUUCAAAAGAUACGGAUAAAAAUAAUAAUGAUUUAAAAUCAAAUAAUUUAGACCAAAGUGCCAACAACAGUAGUAUGAUUGUUGGCCGUGAAACAGAGGUGUAGAUUUUAUAUUUUAUUAAAAAUGUUUAUAUCUAUUUUGUAAUGGGGAAAAAAAAUGAAAGUGUGA